GAUUGGAAAGAGGAUAUCUAUGAUUUUUUGAGAUUUGAUGGGUGAAAUCACGUGUUUUUAUCUUGAACUAUCAAAUGAUACAUUGUGUAUUUCACAAUUUAUUUAAUAACAUGAGAAAUUUGGUAAUUUGUUUAAUAACGUCAUCAAUAUCACAAGACAAUAUAUGAUUUAUCACUUGAAAAUCUUCAAGUAAUUUAUUUUAUAAAUUUUACUUGGCACUAGAGAAAAUUUAAAGAAAAAUUUGGAAAAACAUGUGAUAUUUUUGUAACUGAAUACAAAUUUUCUCCUCCAAUAGAUGUCAUGUCUGAUUAAUUUUCUAAACUAAAGAAGAAAAUAGUAAAAGCAAUAAAGUAUUAUAAUUAAUUUUUCUAACCGAACAAAAGAUAUAUAAAACUAAAAAUUAAUGGUAGAUGAGUCACAUACUUUCCAAGCAUAUAAGGUGUGGAUAAAAUUUUAAAAUUUUAUAUUUAGUAUUAUCAGCGUAUAAAUUAUGUAUUUUCAGUACCCCAAAAAAUAUCCAACUGAACAUUGGGGUCAGUGUCAGCAUUUAUAUUUUUACCUUUCGUUUCAAUAAUAGAGGUGGUUGACACCACAGGUGGACCAGGUGAUCACCAUUAAUGGGGCUAUUGUAGACAACAUUUUCAACAAGAAAAAAAAAAUCUCAGACAAAAAGUUGCCGCUGUAUAAUACGACCCACCAGAGAUCACCGACAAAAAUCAAUGGAAAAAAUAGAGGUAGUUUUCAUCCCUGCACCAGCCAUCGGCCACCUCGUCUCGAAUGUUGAGUUUGCAAAGCGAUUGCGUGAUCAAGAUGAUCGUUUCUCAGUCACAGUCCUAAUUAUAGACCCAUUGCUGGAACCGAAGGUCCAAACAUACGUCCGAUUACUUGCGGCUUCUGAUGCUCGAAUACGAUUUAUCAAUUUUCCUCAAAUGGAAACUGAUCCAUUAAGCAAUACCAAAAGCCCAUAUAUAGUUGGAUUUGAAUUUUUGGAGAGUCACAAGUCGAACAUCAAAGAGUAUAUCAUUAAUCACGUUUUACCAAAUUAUGCUGUCUCUGCUGCCUUGUUUGUUGUUGAUGCAUUUGCCGCUCCUAUGAUUGAUGUGGCCAAUGAACUUAGCCUCCCUUCUUAUCUUUUCUACACUUCCGGUGCAGCCACUCUUGGAUUUAUGUUACACGUAGUUACUCGACAUGAUCAAGUUGGCAGGGUGUUUCAAGCUUCCGAUGGAGAGUUAGUUAUCCCAAGCUUUACAAACCCGGUUCCUUGUAAAGUUAUACCCUCGCUUUUUUUUGACGAGAAUGGUGGGUACAUUUACACCAAAAAUUCCAUGAGAAGAUUGAAAGAAACCAAGGGCAUAAUUGUUAACUCGUUCGAAGAGUUAGAACCUCAAGCGGUUAAGUCUCUGGUAGAGUAUGACAUACCACCCUUUUACUUGGUAGGGCCCGUACUUGAGCUUCGAGGUCAUAGUAGUUCGAUGUGUGAUGAGGUCCAAAAUGACGAGAUCAUGAAGUGGCUUGACAAUCAACCCCCAUCAACGGUGGUUUUCAUCUGUUUUGGAAGCUUGUAUUGCGUGGUGGAACCACAAGCCAUGGAGAUUGCACGGGGGCUCGAGCAAUGCGGGCAUAGAUUCUUGUGGUCACUACCGAUACGAAGUCCAAGGAACCAGGGGUUGGGAAUUAGGCCUAGUAAUUGCCCCAAUCUGAAGGAGAUUUUGCCUGAAGGGUUCUUGCAGCGUACAGAAGGAAGAGGAAUGGUAUGUGGUUGGGCUCCGCAAGUUGAAGUCCUUGCCCACAAAUCCAUCGGAGGCUUUUUAUCACACUGCGGAUGGAACUCGAUUCUUGAGAGCUUAUGGUAUGGGGUGCCCAUUUUGACAUGGCCAAUGCACGGAGAGCAACAAAUGAAUGCAUUUCAGAUGGUGAAAGAUUUGGGGUUAGCAGUGGAGAUGAGAUUAGACUAUAAGCUGGGCGACAGUGAUGCGGUGAUGGCAGAUGAAAUUGGCAAAGCUCUAAAUUGCUUGAUGGAUGGGGACAGCGAGGUGCGGAAGAGGGUGAAAAAGAUGAGUGAAAUGAGCCGGAAAGCUGUGAAGAAUAGCAAUGGGUCUUCGUUCACUUCGUUUGCGCGCUUAACUGACUUGUUUUUGAUGGGUAACGCCAACAAGCCUUGAGUCGUCGGAUUGCCGCUUGCCGGUGUGAUUUUCUCGGAGUGUCAGUGAUAUUAUUCCUUUCCUCUUCUUGGGCUUGUUUUCAAGUAAGGCUAUUCUCUGAGCCAAUAAUUAUUAUUCUAUCUCGUGAAGGAAAAAACACAUCUCAAAUCAAUAUUAAACGUCUCAAAUGCAAUUUCAACGGUAUUUCAUUCAAACAUAUUUUUCGAGAAACAAACUCUAUUGCGGAUGGUUUGGCUAAAUCCGAGAUUUCUUGAUAAUGUUCUUUGGUGGCUUGUUUUUGAUUGAGAUGUUUUUAUUGUUUUCUCUUAGGGUGUGUUUGGUUUAAAAGAAAACCUAAUUCUUUUCUGUGUUCUAUUUUUCAUUCUGUUUUUAUUUUCAUGAAAAAUAGAAAACAGAAGUGAAAACAUAUU